CGGUAGCACCAGCUACAGCCGCUGAGCGCUCGGCAGGGGCUCGCUCUCGCCUCCCGCCCGCUCGGUUCUCCUUGCAACAAUGGACCUGAUAGGGGCCCUGGAUUUGGGCGAUUUGGCGGCCGCCUUCGCCCGCCUGCCUGUCUUCCCUGUCUUCGACUUGGGCUACUUCGUGGUCUCUCUCCUCUACCUCAAGUACGAGAAAGGUGCAGUGGAGCUGUCCCGGAACAGCCCCCUGGCUUCUUGGGUCUGUGCUAUGCUAUAUUGCUUCGGCAGCUACAUCCUUGCUGAUCUCCUGCUCGGAGAAGCCCCUAUUGAUUACUUCAGCAACAACGCCAACUUACUCCUGGCCACAGCUGUCUGGUACCUGACCUUCUAUUGCCCCUUGAACUUAUUUUACAAAUGUGUCAGCUUUCUGCCUGUCAAACUUGUUUUUGUGGCGAUGAAAGAGGUGGUCCGAGUUCGCAAGAUUGCUGCUGGUGUUCAUCAUGCCCACCAUCAUUACCACCAUGGGUGGCUCAUUAUGGUCAUAAUUGGAUUUGUUAAAGGCUCUGGAGUUGCCUUGAUGUCCAACUUUGAGCAAUUGUUGCGUGGUGUCUGGAAGCCAGAAACAAAUGAGCUUCUACAUAUGACCUUCCCAUCCAAAGCCAGCCUGUAUGGGGCAGUUCUCUUCACCCUUCAGCAAACGCAGUGGCUGCCCAUCUCCAAGGCCACCCUCAUCUUCUUCUUCACUCUUUUUAUGAUCAUCUGCAAGGUGUUCUUGACAGCAACUCACUCCCACGGCUCACCGUUUGCACCUCUUGAAAAUGCGGUGUGUCCCAUCCUCUUCGGCUCUGCAUUUGCCAGUCAUGACAAUCACCACCAUGACCAUCAUCACCACCACCACCACCACCACCACGGAGGAUCCCAGGAGCCAUCCCUUCCACCACCACCUCAGCUGCCAGCCAAAUCAAGGGAGGAGCUCAAUGAAGGAACCCGUAAGCGGAAAGCCAAGAAGGUGGAAUGAGCACCAAGAAGGUUAAGAGACCCAUCUGAACCACCACAACUUUGCUGCAUACCUUGUGUGACUUAUGGCCUUCCAAAGACAUGGCUGGGGGAGCCUCCUAGGGAGCCUAGGCCUCUUCACCUGGUCCCUGCCACUGUUUUCCUGGCCUGUCACCUGUGAAGUGCAAAACUGAUGUCCAAAUGGACCUUUCAGUACAGUUUCUAGCUCAGCCUUUCCUGUCCUAUUGGUCUCCUCCCCUUCCUAAUCCACAUCAGUGGCGAAGCUGGAAUGUCCUUGGGUGUCUCCUCCAAACAGCAGAGGGAGACAGCUUCUUAGCCUGCAAACAACCCAGGAAUCUGCUCCCAGCCCACCAAUGCAGGUCCCUAAGGCCAGUCAUACUUUUCAUGGGCAGAGAGACGUUCCAGAUGGAGGGACUGGCAUUUCACUCUCUAAGUCAGCAUUUUGGAUGUCUUAUUUGGUUGCCAUUUGUACCAGGCCUUGAGCAUAGGAGAAGACCAUUGCUGCUGCUGCUGCUGCUGCUCUUUGCGCUGUUAGUAUAUGUGUCUCUGUGUUAGCAUGUUGGCAUUUGUAUACACCUCUCCAGAGUUUGGUAAAUUUUGCUGGAGGUAAGGACACCAAAGCAACUACUGAGUGUUUCAAUCCUAGCUCCUUUGCAAAACACUAUGAGAGAUGGGCAUGCAUGUAAAUUAUUGAUUGAUUGAUACACCUUCCCCCAGGAUAAUUAUUUACUGUUGCCAAGGAUUUUAAGCAGUUUGCUUUCUCCUGCUAUGCCUCUUCUGCAAACAGUUGGGUCGUUCCUACUGAA